AUGCCCGCUGAGAUUGACACGGGCGGGCCUAGGGUGCUGCACUCGAGGUCCUGCGAGGACACCAGUGAACCAUUCGCUAGUGACGACGGAUGUUCGUCGCGCGAUCAACGUCCGGAGGAGGAGGAAGUCCAGGCCGGCGAGGAUCCCGCGAGCAGGAAGAGGCGCGGACGCGUCCGCUCGCUCCUCCGGCUGGCGUUCCUCCUCUUCCUCGUCGCCUUCGGACGGAGUGCGCGCAAGCUCAGUGCGGGACCGAGCUGCGUGAUCGGCACGGUAAUCGGUGCAGUGAGUGCGGCGCCGGUCGACUUGGUCGGCGACGCCGGCGUCAGGGCCGAGAGGUCGGCCAAUCUCUCCCACAUCACCGGCGCCUCCAGGAAGAUACAGAUGUACGUGAAGAACCGGCAUCUGCAGAUCCUGCCGGACGGCACGGUGAACGGCUCCAACGACGACACCUCUGACUACACGAUUUUUCAAAGGACAUCGGUGUCGAAAGGCCAACUGAGGAUUCAAGGCGUGGCGACCUGCCUUUACCUUUGCAUGGAUGUCUGCGGCCUGCUCUACGGUUCGCGCGAGUACACGAACGAGUGCAUCUUCAACGAGAACCUGGAGCAGCACAACUAUAACACGUACAGUUCGGUGCGCUGGUCCACGGAGAAGAAGACAAUGUACCUCGGCUUGAAUCGUUCCGGCCAGCCGAGGAGGGUACAAACCAAAGGUAAAGGCAACCUUGGCAAGCUAUCGGCCUACGCCAGGGUGCUGACGCAGGUAGCACCGUCCGACCGCGUGGAGGCCCUGCAAAGGCGGAUGCUGGGUGCCGAGCACAACGUGCGCCAUCGGCACCACGAGCGCGCGCAUCAUCGCGGCCAGCACGGCGACGUGGCGCAGCAGCAGCCGAUGUGCCCGACCCUGCCGAUGCAGGAGAAGGACGGCAGGGACAAGUUCAGGUGCCGUAAGCGGAAGAAGCGGAAGAAGCGGAAGCGACGGUGCAGACAGGGCGAACGGCCCGGUCCCCAAUGUCAGCUUCCCGAGGAGUCCGUCGUCGCGGGUGCCACGUCGGAAGCGACGGAGGCCGACGCGUCCCCGGAGACCGGCAGCAACGUCGGAUGCACCACGCCGGAAUCCAAGAGGUCCUGCGAGGGGGCGGCCAGCGAGGAAGCCUGCAGGCGCCAGGCCCUCUCGGUGCCGGCGAAGAAGCGGAAGUCGCGGAUAGACUGCGACCCGGCGGCGGCCGUCGUCGUCGUCGGCAGGAACCUCACGCGCAACGGUAAGAACAAAGCACCAACGUCAAACGCGAAAAAGCCAAACGUCGGCGGCGACAGUCAAAGUAAAAAGCCUGAUUUGACGGACGGGAAGAAGAAGAGGAGGAAGCGUCCGGCGACGACGCAGCCGAGAGGGAGCGCGACCUCGCCGACGUCGUCCCAGAAGCGGUACGCGCUUGGCACGACGUCGUCCCAGGCCUCUUCGUCGCUAACGGCGCCGCCGGGCAGCGAGGUGGUGACGGCGUCGUCGUCCUCUUCGCCGUCUUCUCCUGGUGCAUCGAGCGCUCCCUCCGACAUAAGGGUGGCCUCUCCGAAAUCUGGUCGUAAGAAGCCGUCGUCGUCGCCGCCACGGUCUCCGAGGCCGGUGGGCUCGCGCAGGGUAGGAAAGUCGUUCGGCUCGGCCGGUCGAGCGAGGUCGACGCCGCCGGCGACGAAGGGCGAGACGGCGCAGCGGAGUCCACCGACAACCACCAAAGUUCCUGAAACCACGACGAAACCUCCUCUUCCCCCAUCCCCGCCAGCUCCCGCCUCGUCUUCGCUCGUGGACGAGGAGCCGAGCGAGGUCGCGACAGGAAAGACAGAGUCAACCGCGUCGACAGCCUCGAGCGAGGUCGUCGCGGAGCUGACGACCCUCCGGCUGCUCGAAGAGGACGGUGGCUCCGGUACGGACGACGCGAUCCUACGGGCCACCACGAGGUCCCCCUUCGACAGACUGGCGAUGUGA